GCAGACUCCAGCAAUGACGUCAUAUUCUAUAUGAAGCAUUGCGAGCCGCAUUUUCCUCAGCGGUUCACAACAAUAAUGAUGAAAUUAAUUUCAGAUAUUCGAGAAAAUUGCGUAAACGAAUAUACCGGCGUGUCGAACAGUUCUGGCUUUUGAAGCGAAAAACAAGAAAGAUACAAGAAAUAUCGCUUCAAAAACAUUAUGGCUGAGGUAAGGAGCUUUUUAAUUACUAUAUCUUGCUUGCAGUUGCGAUAAAAACGUUUAAAAUUCGACAGAAAGUUUUGGCAAAAAUGUGCGAUGUCAUAUUAACUAGCAAAUUGUUGUCAUAUGCUACUGACACUAUAUACUUUUCUACACCGAAUAUUUUUUGUUUUUAUGAUUUAAUUUUGUGCAGAGCUAUCACUUGAAAUGUUAAAUUGUUUUGUGUGUUCAAGUGUUGUUUCAAAAUGUUUUUAAAAACGAUAGUAUAUGCAAUUCAAUAUUAUGAAGUCGUUCUAAAGUCUAAAGUCUACUGAAAGAGCCAUUGUUUUCUACUGAGAUACAUUGUAUAUAUUGUAAAAUUUCUCUGCAGCAAAACAUGAAAUAAUUGCAUAUUUUCGUGGGUUGUGAAUGUGACAUAAUAUAUAUUCUUAUAUUUGUCUACCCUUUUCGUUUUGAAACGCCUGUGUGUGACUUUGCAUAUAAAAAUGAAAAUAUUUUAAAUACCAAUUUAAUUUGGAAUUAUUAAAAUGCAUUCUUGUAUUGGCUUAUUUGUUUCAUAGUAACACGCCCGAUUUAAAUAAUUCUGUGUUUGAAUAAUUAUACGGUAGGCUUAGUAAACAAAAUUAUUUUAUAACAAAGUUAUUUCAAUAAGUUAUAUAAUAAUUUUGUUUACCAAGCCUAUGGUCUAAUUAUUGAAACACAGAAUUACUAAAAUGCGGCUUAGAGAAAGUUCCAUCAUUCUAGAUUUGAAGGAACUUUUAAAACAAUAAGAAAUUACAUACUAAAGUAGCAUAUAUUAUUGCAGCUUGUAUUAUAUAUUACAGCCACAUUUAAAACAUAGUACGUUUAUUAUACUUAUUAGUUAUUACCAAAUUACAUAGACUUUUCUUGAACAACCCACUAUAAACCCAUUCAACCAUAAAAAUCAUCUGGCUUUGACAAAUAACAAAGUAGGGUGUAUUAGGGUAUAUUGCAGCUUACCAGGUUUACAGAAACACUGUCUUUGAUAUAGACAGACCUAGAAUGUGGAAAACUCUGUGUAGCAAGUGUAGUUUGUUGCAAACAAACUGUUGUUCAUAAAUAUGUAGGAAUGUAUAAUCAUAGUUCAUGCUAUAUUGUGAUUGUAAUUUUAUGCAUUGUUAUAUGUUUAGUGUAUUUUUUGUAUUUUUUUUGGUGGGACUUAAAGAGGCUGUCAAGUCCGUAAUGUAAACAAACGCUUUGUUUACAUUUUGAACUCAGUGCUACAGUUGUAAAAUAUGAUUUUAUAUUAUAUAUAGAUAAAUAGAUAUAUAUUAUACUAAAUUUUUAACACUUUCUGGUUCGCUAUGCUUGUAAAUGAAUACAGACUAGAGAUUCAAUUCAAGAAAGUUCAAAAUAUAUGAAAUAUUAAUAACAUUCCAACGGUUGCCGGUCCCGACCAUUGGAAUGUAAGCCUGCGCAGAACGUAUGAGCAGAAUGGACUUGACAGCCUCUUUAAGGCGAGACUUUUUUUAUUUAUUGGUUUACGGAUUUGACUUUAAAAAUAAGAGGUCGGUAGGUCGGAAAAAAAUUUAAAAAAAACCAAAACGAACUGAGUAUAAAUGUGAACCGAAAUUAAUAAUCUUUAUAAAAAUUUUUAACGUCAAUUUAAAAAACCCCGCAAAAAACUUGGCACUCUACAUAUUGAUUGUAACAACGAUAACAUGAGCCAGCAGUACCUAGAGUCAAAGUUCACUUGAAGUGUACUUCAUGUCAGAACCCCAAAUUAAUUAAAAUUAACUAAAAUUAACUAACAUCCAAAUUUUUUAUUUUUAUUUUUCACUUUCUGAAUAUUUACGGUCGGUGGAUCCGUAAACCAAUGAAUAAAAAAAGUCUCGCCUAAUAAGGAACAAAUAGUUCUGUUCAUUCCUUUCCAUCAAUCGUGCGAAAGACAUAUAAAUGUCAUUCUGUAUUUUAGACAUCAAAAGUGAAUCAUGAUCAUACAUAUGACAUAUUGACCUCCCUCAUGAACAUUAGUCCCUCGUCGCCUGAUGACAAAGACUUGAUGUUAGGCAUCACAUCACCCAGCUCAAGUGACACCUCAUCUGAUUCUGGUAUGGCACUCAGUCCCUUGGAAUUUGGUGGAUUUGAUAUUGAUUUUACAGAAGAACCUUCGCUGGAUAACUUUGAUUUAGGUAAUAAAAUAACAAAGUAGGCCACAUCAGGGUCCAACACUCAUUAUGACACUAAGGCCAAAUUAUUCAUCUAAUUGUGUGCCUACACAAGAAAGUUAUGGAUUGGACUUCUUGAUUUAUAAAUAUUUUUCAAAUUUUUAAUAGACACCAUGUCAUCGGAGUGUUCCCCAGCAUCACCUGUGCGAUUUUUUGACAAUUUUGGUGAUAUAAAUGGUAGGGUAAAUGCAUGCAGUUAUAUUGGAUUCAUACUAGUAUUAAUAAAUUGGUUAUUACUGUCGUUCCAAUUGAAGUGUUGCUCAAAUAUUGAUUCAAUACAUUACCUCGGGCUGACCAAUUCAUUUGAUCAAGUUCCUCGAGAUAUUCAUACACUUCCUGUGAAAGAGCCAAUUCCAAAUAUUUGAUCAUUUCUGGUCACUUCCUUUCUAUUUAUGAUUGGUUAGUUGCACAAACAACAAAGGUGAUUGGUGCAUUCAAACUAUUCAACAGGAAGUUUGUAAUUAUACUAGGAAGUGUAUGAAUAUCUCGAGGAACUUGAUGAAAUGAAUUGGUCAGCCCGAGGUAAUGUAUUGAAUCAAUAUUUGAGCAACACUUCAAUUGGAACGACAGUAAUAUUUGACAGUUUUUGACAAAUGAAAAUUAUCACAGUAAAAUAAUAAAACAAAGCAAAUCCUCACAAUUUUGCACCAAUAUGUGGAAUCACUGCCAUUUUGUUUUUGUGGAACAAUAAAACAGGUACAGUGCAUUAUGGGUUUUUAUUGAUAUUAAUUCAAAAAAUGCUUUACAGAUAUUGACUUGUCAUUUUUGGAUGGGCUGGACUCGAAGGCUCUUGGGAAAUUGCCAGAACUGGAUGACACAAACAUGCCUGAAGCGGACAGCAGCGUCCUGGAUCUUGAAAGUUUUGUUGAUCUCAUGGACGAAGUAAAGAAAGCAGAUGAACCUUCAAAGGCACCAGUCACAGCUGUUGUAAAACCUGUUUCAAAUCCACCAUCAACAGUAGCCGUUGUUAAAGCCUCUGCAAAGAUUACACCAAUUAUCAUCACAGAAAUAAAACCUGCCAUAAACACAACACCAAAACUAACUACAAGAGAUAAGGUAUUGCAGUGGAUGUUCAUUUAGCAGUGUCUUUAGAAGCAAAUGAUUUUUUUGUUUUUACCUACAUUGGAUCUUCACUUAUCAGUGUUUUGUUUAAACAGCAAGAACAAUUGCUUAUCAGUGAAGAAGAGAAGAAAAUGUUAGAAGAAGAAGGACACUUUUUACCAACAAACGUUGCUUUGACAAAAGUAAGUUCAUUUUCUUUUAUUUUCGGCUCAGAGGUGGAAAAUGUUAACUUGGGUUUAGGGUUCAAAAUUUCCUGCAAAAUAUUACAAUAAGUAGGGGAAAAUAAGAAAAUUAUCGUUUGUGACUGUCUUAUAGUGUAGUCGUGUGAAGUAAUAUGUCUUUAAGACUGAUAAGGUGUAAAAUCCUGAAGUAGUCAUAGUAGUGACAGGCUUACAUGAUUAAAAACAAAUUUCUCACUGCAGGCUAUAUAUAUUUUUAUAUGCAUAUUUUUUAUGAAACUGUUCCACUGUAGUUUAGGUAUCGAGUUAGGACUUCAAAGUCAGUCUAAUUUUCAGUUAUCAAACAUAAAAAAAUGUCUGAAAAUUUCUUUCUUUUGGGAACCCAGUACUUUGUCCGCCUCUGACUUGACUUAGCUCAACACCGUGUAGCAUUGUAUAAAAGAUCUCAUUCAUGAAUGUUGUAUAUACAAUGUUACAUACUGUCAUUUUUAACAGAACGAAGAGAAGUUGUUGAAGAAAGUUCGAAGAAAAAUAAAAAACAAGGUAAAUGGUAGUAUUUGCACUCCUUGGCUUGGGUACACACAUCGGGAUUGCAUGCAUGCAUGGUGUUAGAGAAAAAAUAAAUCAUGUGUAUUGUCUGGCGAUGCAUUGCAAUGCCAACUAAAGGGUUACUAUUUUAGUGUUGCUAUUCUUUGUGCAAGCUUUAUUUUGUUAAAUGAUUUUUGUAAGUGGAGUUUUUCAGCGAAAACGUCUUUUUUUCUUAAAAAAACUGUUGUCUGUUGAAGUUUAAAGAUGGCUUUAAUGCCUUUAUAAGUAUAAGCAAACGAGAAUGCAUCAUCAGUUGUGCCUUUCUGUCAGGUUUCAGCUCAGGAAAGCCGAAGAAAGAAAAAAGAAUAUAUUGAUGGCCUUGAGUCCAGGUAUUGUGAAAUUGUUUAAACGACCGUAUGUACUGCCGAUCGUAUGUAGUGCUAUUAGUCUCAUACACUGGUUUAGCCUGUACAAAAUGAUGUCAUUGUUCUUAUCAGAGUGAAGAACUGCACGGACCAAAACAGAUUUCUACAAAAGAAGAUCGAUAAUCUUGAAGAACAGAACAAAACUCUCUUGGAUCAACUUAAAAGUCUACAAGAACUUGUCUCAUCUUCAAACCAAAGUAAAAAACAGACAAGCACUUGUAUUUUGGUGUUGUUCCUGGCUUUCGCGUUGGUCGCAUUUCCAUUUCAAAAUAUCACUUCAUCUUCAGCGAAAACAAACACCGUCGCCGAUGCAUAUUCCACAAUGUCUGGUAGGUUCAUUGGAAGACUGAUUACGUUACCAUUCUAUGCGACAGGCAAAAAUGGAGAUAUGUUUUGCUAAUUCAAACUUUGCUUACGUUUUAGUUCGCUCAAGGACGUUACUGGAGUACAAAGAAGAAACGGAACAGCCUCAAAGUUCUUUGAACAUUUCUCAUUAUCUUCGAGCAUUUAGUGUUGUCUUUUCUUUCGCAAACGAUAAACCCGAAGUAGAGAGCUAUCCUCAACCUCCUUCGAUUUCAUUUGACGAAAACAGAAGCACGAACGAUGACACUUUUACAAACCGAGAAUAUUCGUUUAGUAAAUAGAAUGGGGGUUUAUAUGUAGAAUAGACUAUGUAGCUUUGAAAUCGAAUUUGACGCAGUAAAAUCCCGCGUAUAAGAACCUAGCCGAGUAAGAACCUACAGCCUGAUACCUGCUAUUGUUAUCAGAAACCGAAUUCAGUUUGAAAUUUGAAAAAGGUUCUAAUAAUAGUAGGUUCUCAUACGCGGGAUUUUACUAUAGUCACCAUUAUAAAAUACUGCAGGAGUACAAGCUGGGUUGAUCGUUUCAUUGACGAGGUUUGAGAUUGAUUAAUAGUGAGCGAGCGAUGUUUUUAUCAACACGGAAUGGUAUCACUUCGGUGGCAUUUUGCAAGGAAGCAAAAAACUUUCAAAAUCUUAACUUACCACAAACUGAUACAAACACAGUUUUUAACCCAGUCCCCCUCGGUAAUCUGACGUUCUCCUUGCAGUCCAGAGAGGUUUAGAUUUGGAAUCGAAUCUGAUGAUCUCUAUUUUCGACUUGGAGCUGGCUAGUGUCCUGUUCCCAAAGUAACAUUUUGCACUGUUACGUUAUUCAGGCACCUUGAAACCAAUCGUAUUUUACGAAAAAUAUAAACGACAGCUUAAACUUGUAAAUAUUGUAUUAAACGAUGUAGCCUUUAUAGCUAGCCUUUUCGAUUUACUAGUUUAUUUCUCAUCGCCGCCCAGAUACAAGCGCCUGCUAGCUUCAGAUGAUAGGCUUCGGGAUGCAACUAACCUGAAAAUAUAAGAAGAAGAUCUUGUAUUUUUCAGGUAGUUGCACCCUAUCAGUCCAAAGCUUUCUCAUUAUCGCUCUGGGGCGAAACUUCGGUAUUACGGCUGGGGUGAGGGGUGUGAGCUUGCUUUGCCCGACCAAGGGGGGGGGAUAUUUUACCCUCGGGGGGGGGGGUAAAAAUAUUUCCGGACAUAGCAUUUUUCACUAACUUUCGAAAUAAUUUACCCUAAGUUGUUUGUAAAAUUUUUCAGUAAUAUUUUCGUAAAUUUAUCAAAAUUUUUCCUACAUCUAUUACUUUUCAAUCCGAGACACUCAGCACCUAACCUGCGAACGGGUUAGAAGAAGGAAAAUGUUAAUAUAAUGGAAUUUAAGGUGGAAACACUGGCCAGUGGCCACGUGAUCUUUAUUCUGUGGCCACGUUUUAAAAUUUUUACAGAAGUAUCGAAUUUACAAAAAAAUAUUCACUGUUUUUUACUGUGGAUUUUUGGGCGUCUAGCAGUCAAAAUUGUGAACGAAAUUAAUAUAAAACAUCUCCAAGAAGUUAUGUUAUAUAAAUGGGGCUGCCUAACGCCAAAGGCGUUGCGUAAAUAUUUAAAUUUGUGGCGGGAGAAUUCAAACCAAAUAUCUGUUGAUGUGAUGAUGCUGCUGCAAUCCCAUGGUUUCAAGAUUUUCAACAAGAAAAUAACAGCGUAAGUUGUCCAUUAUGCGUGUUUAAAUAAUGUUUAAUGAAUAUAUGCUUUAUUAAAUUUAUAGUUUUGUUAAUUUGUAGUUUUGUUUGGGAUUGGGUGGGGCACACUUCGGCUGAAAAUUUAAAAAUCUAGAAGCAUUUCCCAAAAUGAGGAACUGACAAUUUUGGUGACCGUAAGUACACAUCCAUCUAUAAAUGCCAGAUGAUUUUACUGAAGGGGAGGGUGCUGGUGCUCAAUGGGUUAAAUCAGACUUAUCUGUCUAGCGCAGCAAUUAACAGCUGGUCAAUGGUCAACGACUGGCAAUAUACGAGCCUGACCACUUUUUCUUUGUCUACCGUAUUCACUUGUUUGAGCACUGUGGCGCUCUUUAAAUUUUCAGAGCUUCAGAUGUGUCGCUCAUUCG